GAGCACGUGAUAUCUCUCCUCAGCGGGCGGCGCAACCCCCUCAUUCUCCUCUAAUUCUCCGCUCUCCCUGGAUCUCACUGUCGACGCUCCCCAUGAAAGAUGGAUAGUAACCGGCCUGCGCCUGGUCGCGUGAGGAAGAAGAGCACAUCGGCCGCCCGCAAAUCGCUGUCUUGCGAGUAUUGCAGUCGCCCAUUUGCGCGCCUGGAACACCUCCAGAGACAUCUCCGCACACACACAAAAGAAAAGCCGUUUUCGUGCGAGAUAUGCUCCAAAUCAUUUGCGAGAAGUGAUCUCCUCGUCCGCCAUGAGCGCCUAGUCCACCCCUCAGAGGGAAAUGCGCAUCACCGUGCCGAAAAUAGGACAACUGCCGCUGCUGAUGUAUCCGCAACCCCCGCAGCCAUACCCGCCCCACCUCCACCUCCGCCUCCAUCCUCAAACCAUGACAGCCACUUAUUGAACCUGCCGCAGCCUGUGGCCACUAAUUCACCUGCAGUAACCCACCCAAAUAUACCCGUCCAUUCUGCUCAGAUAGCAGAACCAGCCCAGUUCAACCCGUCGUGGGGGUAUGACCUUAACCUCCUCUCGCACGCCGCAAGCCAUGUUGCGCUCGAGGGCCAGCAGGAGACACUUGAGCCAAUUCGCAAAACACCUGUGCAGGAAAAGCAAAUAACUGGUAACUAUGGCGUGGAGCCAUCUCUACUGGACCUUGCGGAUCUAGGGGACCCGGUCCAGGAUUUCGGUGUCUUCCUAGAAAGCGUUGGUCUGUCAUCCGAUUGGGACUUGGGGAUGUUUUCGACGGCAGGUGAAACGGAACCUAUACUCCCUGGGGUAAUACCACCCCCCUCUUUUGAUCCAAAACACCCGAUGAAUCCUCCAAGAUACAACAAUGGAGACAUUAUAGGCGACCAGCGCACCUCCACAGAAGACGCUCCAUCUUUUUCAAAUUUUGGAUCCCGCCUCCCCUCGCUCCAACCAGAGUCUCACGACCCGGAGGAUCGUCUUGGGAUCCCCGAUGAAAUCGCCCAGACUCGGCCGGCGUGGGAUGUGUCAAAUCAAGAUAGGCAACUUUUCAUUGCCCGACUAGAGGAUUUCGCCCACGUACUUCCCAAAGGUUUUGUGCCUCCGUCAAGACAUGCACUGUCUCGGUUUUUUGCUGGCUAUAUCAAUGGCCUGAACGAACAUCUUCCCUUCAUCCAUGUCCCAACACUUUCUGUGGCUAGAUGCCCGCCUGAGCUAAGCCUCGCGCUAGCCGCUGCCGGCUCUCAUUACAGGUUCGAAAAUAAUCGAGGAAUCGAUCUUUUUUACGCUUCUAAAUCAAUUCUUCUUGAACGACUUCGACGACGAGAUUCUCGACGAGUGCCUCAAGUACCAUGGGGAUUUGGUGGACCCAGUCCUGGUGUUCAUCGCUCCCGAGCCUCGUCCUCGAUUUCUAAUCCUGGUAGUAGCCCAUUCCAGCAGCCAUACAUAUCUGCUGUGGAUGGUGCCACGUACCUUGGCGAAGAUUCCGUUGCACAAAUGGAAAUCAUCCGUACUUUCCUCCUCCUCACUGUAUUUGCUUCAUGGGAAAGACAUCCCGAAUUGCUACGCGAGAUACUUGCGCUUCAAAGCACCCUUGCCAGGCUUGUUCGCGAUCAUGGCCUUGUCGAAUCCACGCCAACAUCGGACGGGAUAAGCUGGGAAGAUUGGGUUCACCGCGAAGCUGAUAGGCGAACCAAGCUUAUUGUUUAUUGUUUUUUCAAUCUCCAUUCCAUUAUGUACAAUAUACCUCCGUUGAUUUUGAAUUCUGAGCUGAAGCUCAACAUGCCGGGACCUGCUGAAGAAUGGAAAGCACCCAAUGCAGCUCAAUGGCGCCGGUUGCACCGGUCCCGUGUUGAAGGGGAUACUUCAUUUCAAGAAGCUUUUAUGAAGCUUUUUAUCAAAUCGCCGCAGUCGAAUGGUGUUACGCCUAUAUCCCCAUUGGGAAAUUAUGUUCUGAUCCAUGCAAUAAUUCAACAAAUUUUCUUUGCCCGGCAGCUAUGCCUAUCAUCCCCUCUGAUGUCUGGCACUAGCUUACGACCCGAAGAUCUUUCAGUCUUGGACUCUUCUCUGAGCGCAUGGAAAGCUGGUUGGAGGCGAACUCCGGAAUCAAGUAUCGACCCUCAAAGCCCGGCCGGUCCGAUCGCAUUUACAUCAACUGCUCUUCUCGGCUUAGCGUAUAUCAGGCUGCAUCUGGAUCUCGGCCCCUGCCGCAACCUUGUAACCCAAGACCCAGUUCAGAUUGCACGGGCUCUUAAAGAGUCACCACCUGUCGUGCGGAACCCAAGGCUAACUAUGGCGUUAUUGCAUUCCGCACAUGCCCUCUCGAUCCCAGUACGACUAGGGAUAGAUUUCGUUGCAAAGACUCAUUCGUUUUUCUGGAGUAUACAACAUUCAAUUUGCAGUCUCGAGUGCGCAUUUCUGCUCAGCAGAUGGCUUCUCGCAAUUCCUGCCACUCAAUCCGACCAGCGGCUAUCCGACCAUGAGCAAAAACUACUCUUGUGGGUAAAGAGCAUGAUGGAGGAGACAGAUAUGGUUUUCAAUAUGGCCAAUACGGGCGAGCUGGACUUUAUAAAUGACCCACUCAAAUUGAAGGAGCUUAGUAUCGCCGUUGUUCGCGUAUGGUCGAGAACUUUCAAAGGAAACACGAGCUGGCCCAUCGUGGACCUCAUCGGGUCGAGUUUAGAGGUCUAUGCCGAUUUGCUGGAGUCUUAGAAAUGUCUCUACAUACUCAAGUUACACAUAAACAAUCUCUUUCUACUUUCAUUUAUUCGAUCUGGGUCAUACCUUAGUUGUGAUACCCAAAACACCCCGAUGCCUACAGUCUAUGGUUCUUGAAUACUUCACGUUCGCCUACGCCUUUCUGAAUAAAUUUAACAUGUGAACACCCAGAGAAGGUUUUACCUAAUCGAUUUGCUCUGCUGCUGGUUGACACUCUCUCAACUUACCCGUCUGAUUGGGCGCGGCAUCAAGUGCCGUCUUCCUCCCAUACCGUCCGCUCUACCUACACCUCCUUCCCUCUUCUCGCCUAAUUCUCUCGAUUGACAUGUCUCCUCUAUUAAUGGUCACGGCGCCUAGCGUUUUGCUUUAAGAGGCUAUCUGGGUUGAGUAUCUCCAUCAACUUCUCUGAACGAUAUACUAAGAUAUCUCCCUCAUUGUGCCACAUCUCACAUCUUCAUUAUUCAAGAAGCAAAUAAACGAAGAUGCGAGAAGCAAUGCCUGCCUCUUAGCUGUCUGUGCACAUUCUGAAUUGACCUAUUCUUCUUUUGAUAUAUGGCAUGGCAUGUUCUCCCUUCCAAGAAACCUACCUCGUCCCGAUCGGGCCUUUUAUAAAUCCGUUUCUUCCUACCUCACUAAUAUCGAAUUUUUUUUGAAUUUUUUUCUUGUUUCUUUUCUCC